CUAAAGUGAGCUACCAGCUGACUCUGCGCCUUGCGAGAUAACUUUUUACUUGCUGUCUUGCGCUUACUGUCUUUUGAGGUGCUCUGUUGAUCUCGAAAUACCUGAGUCGCUCUCCGUGUCGUCAAAAUGUCGGCUCUAUUCAAUUUUCAGUCCCUCCUCCUCGUUUUCCUUCUCAUAAUCUGCACGAGUGCAUAUGCUCAUUCGAUCAUGCCCGGGAUCAUGGACCGCAACCAGAAUGGCUUCUUCGGUAUCUUUUGGAAAUGCGCUCGAAUAGGAGAACGAUUGAGCCCAUAUGUUAGCAUAUGUUGUGUUCUGAUGGCUGUCUCCAUCUUCUUUGGUGGUUGAGUGAGACGUGCUUGUUGAGGGAAAUGAAACCCUUAAGUAACUUGGCGUUCUUGGUUGGGACAGUUUUCACUGUCAUGGCGUUGUGUUAUGAGAUUAUCUGAAUACAAAUUCAA